AUGACCCCAACACCCCCCUCGACCAACUCCUCCCAGGGAGGUCGCUCUCCCGAGGAGCAGUUCCGCGUUGUGAGGAAGAGGAAUCGUGUACCUCUUAGCUGUUAUCCUUGCAGGACACGCAAAUUAAAAUGUGACAGAAAUCACCCUUGCAGUAACUGUACUAAGCGUGAGGGCAUGGGAACAACGUCAUGUUCUUAUGCGACGCCAGUUACUCGCAAGAAGAAUCAAAGUCAAGGAGACUCAAGUCCAGAUGACAUGCAGAAUCGUAUUGACCGUUUAGAAGGCCUAGUUCUCUCUCUGAUGCACGGAGGUGCUAAUGUAGAUGCUGCAUCUGCCGCCGCCGCCGCAGCGGCGACAUCACAAUCUGUCACGGACAGCGCAUCCUCUGCCAAGGUCGGACGAGGAGACGAGGCCGUCAUGGCCGACGACGACGAGAAUAGCGACGAAGAAGAAGAAGGAUUGGCGACAUCCCUGGGAUUCUUAAAGGUGGACACAGAUAAGGGCAAGUCAUUAUACGUCGGACAACAACACUGGCACACCAUCCUCGCAGACAUUUCCGAGGUGAAAAACUACUUCAACUCUCAUAAAAAGGAGCUGGAGUCUAGUUAUGAGCGAGUCAAGCAGUCAAAACCUAUGGCUGCGCGCGAAGGGCCAACUCUCCUGCUGGGAGCCGUUCCAGCAUCAGAGAUGGAGAUCCGCGCCGAACUUCCACCCAAGUCAGCCGUCCUGGCGCUGUGCGACCGAUACUUCAACUCUAUGGACAACGCCGUGAACAUCAUCCACGAGCCGACGUUCAAGGAGCAGAUGUUGAGGCACUGGCAAGAUCCUUCCAAGACACCAAUCAUGUGGCUUGGGUUGCUCUAUUCGGUUCUCUGCCUCGCCAUGCUAAGUUUUCACAAAGUUGGUGACGAGCCUCCGGAGUGGAAGGGCCGGACGCUCGAGAUGGCAGCUGAAUAUCGGCUGCGGACGGUACAAUGUCUGAUCAAGUCGGACUACACCAAGCCUGUCGAGUACACAGUCGAAACCAUGAUUCUCUACGUCUUUGGAGAGUACUCCUCUCGCUGGGAUGCUGACCUGGGUUUGUGGUUGAUUGUGUCGUUGAUCACUCGAAUUGCCUUCCGCAUGGGCUAUCAUCGAGAUUCAAAGUGGUUCCCGUCUGUGUCUCCUUUCCAAGCUGAAAUGAGGCGGCGGACAUGGGCACUCGUUCGAAUGUCCGAUGUUGUCUUCUCACACCAGGUCUCCUUGCCCAGCAUGAUAUAUGAGCAUGACUGCGACACGCAGUUGCCCAAUAACAUCCGUGACGAGGAGUUUGGCCCAGACACGAAACAACUACCCCCAUCACGACCAUCGACAGAACCGACCCCUAUCGCCUACAUGAUUGCCAAGUCACGGCUAUGUAACGAGCUAGGAAAUAUCCUUCAGGCUACGAAUCAAGUGGGCAAGCAUGUCCCAUACGAUGAGAUCAUUCGUUUCGACGCGAAGCUGCGGCAGAUCAUGCACGAAUUACCACCACACCUGAAACUAACCACACUGGAGGGCUCUCAUGACCCGGUGACACUAAUAAUCGCGAGGUUCAACGUGGACAUUCUGUAUCAGAAGAUUCUUUGUCUACUCCACCGGAAAUACCUUCCGCGAGCUCGACAAAGCGCAAGAUACGCCCACUCUCGAAGGGCCGCCAUCGAGGCCUCCUUGACAGCCCUAGAUCAUCUUGCGGUCCUGUACCGCGAGUCGCAGUCUCGCGGAAGGCUGCGGUCAGUCAGCUGGUUCGUCAAGUCGAUUGCCACCAAGGACUUCACGCUUCCCGCGAUGCUCGUCAUCUUGGACUUGCACUUUGACAACAUGGCAGCACAAUCUGGGACCCCACAGGACAACGAGGGGGCUUCUAUGUGGAACUCGGAGCAGCGGUCCAGGAUGAUCGGAAGCUUGGAAACAGCAAAAGACAUCUGGAAGACGCUUGCGGAUACGUCUAUGGAGGCAUUCAAGGCAAGCAAGAUCAUCGAGAUCAUGUUGGCCAAGAUAAAGGAUCCCUCGACGGGCGGUACUGAGCAGCCCAUCCUGCAGUCAGAGCCGAUGGCGGGCUUGACUGCGAGCAUCGGCGCCGAUACGUCACCGGCCAUUGCACCGGGUCUUAUAUCCCCCAACACUCUCCCUGACUUCAAUACCGGAAUUAAUCCCUUCUCAACACCAAACCAGGCUCCGUUCAUGGGCAUGGACUUUGGCAUGACUGCCCCCGAGGGUAUUGAUUUCCAGACCGAUGGGUUUGGCGCCGCAGCCCCAGCUUCUCCGUUUUCAUCCAUGUUUGCCAACAUGGGGACGGGGCAAACAACUUCUGGGAUUGAUAUGGCGGCCAACUUUGACUGGAAUGCCUUCGAGAACUACACGCAGAUGGCCAAUUGGGGAGCAGAUCAGAGCUUCCAAAUAUACGGCGCAACAGGAGAUCAAUCGUCCCCUGAACAGUCCUCCUCGACAGGCGGGCGUAGUGGUAGCGCUUCUCAAGGACGUGGAGCGAGGAUUCUUGUAUAG